AUGCAGGUGCGACUUUUUUUUAAUCGCCUUCGUUCAGAUGUCAUAUCGAAUAAUACAUAUGGUGCCAGCUUUUUUUUUCUUUAUAGUUUUUUAACACCCUUUUCUCCCUUCCUCUCUCGUUCUUUCAUUUUCCCUAACUCUCUCUCUCUCUUUCUCUCUCUCUUUAUCUCUAUUUUCGUCUUUCUCUCUCUCUUAAUCUCUAAUCGCUUUCUACUUCGUUCUUUCUUUCCCUUACCCCGUCUUCUCUCUCUCUCAUUCUUUCCCCUUUCACUGACGCUUUACCCUCUCUUUUUCAUUUCUUUUCUCCCUAUUUCUUUCAACCUUCAUUGUCCUUUUUCUUCCUCGCACUUUCUCUCUGUCUUUUCGUUUCUAUCUAUAAUCUCUUUCUCUUUCCCCAGUCUCUCUUUCACCCAUUCCUUUCCUUCCUUCCUUCCUUCCUUCCUUCCUUCCUUCCUUUUCCUUCCUUCCUGUCUUUCUUCUUCCUUUCUUUCUUUCUUUUUCUUUCUUUCUUUCUUUCUUUCUCUCAGCUAUCCAUGUCAUGCUUUCUUUCUCUACUUUUUUUCCCUUUCUCAUAAUUUACUCUUUCUCUCUCUUUCAUUUUCAGGCCCUCCCUUUCCUUUCAAUUUGUCUCUCUAUUUUUCCACCUCUUUUCCAGUUGUGUCUCGCAAUAAAAUCUCCCCCCUCCUCCUCUUGCAUUUAUCAUCUUCCUUUUUUCCCCCUCUCAACUAUUAA